AUGGAGACCGAUACUCGCAUUUCACUCAUAGAUUUAACUAAACAAUUUCCUUUUGAACUUGAUAAACAAGUGAAAAAAGAUAUAGCCUUCAGUGAGACAUUAGUAAUAAGCUGUGGUCAUCUUGAGGGUGAUGUUUGCGAUGAAUCAUCUGAUUCAGAAUGGUCGUGUCAAGAUUCCACUGAUAAUGAGUCGACAGCAGAAGAAAAAAAGGAAGAUGCCCCUUUUGAAGUUAAAGAUUUUGUACCAGAAGAAGCUGCUGACGAAGAUAUUGAAGAGGAAGAUAAUGAUUUUCACUUUUAUUUUUUCCCUGAUUGCAAUAAACCCAAACCUCCUAAAAAUAGCAGAACAAGUAUUAUUACACAAGACGGUUUUCCAAAAAUUAAUCCAGAGCUUCAAAAAGUGCGCAUUGUGUGUUCAUGUAAUUUAGAUAAAAAAACUGGAAAAUGCGACUGUUUGGUUAAAUUGCCAUGUGAAUGCGGCGCGGAAACACUUGCUGUAUGUACUUGCGCUAAAGCCAAAAGUAUAUGUAUUUGUCAUGAUAAGCCGUACAAAGAAUGUAUCUGCAAGGAGAGUGACGUAUGUCUUUGCCGUCCUGAUGCCAUAAAACCCAUAUGCCCCUGUGAAACUUGUGUUGAUAAACCUUGCGUUUGUCGCCCUAAAGUUUUUCCUAGUCCGGAUUGUGAAUGUAAAAAGAAGCCUAAGCUUUCCGACAAUACUACAUCAGUGUCGUCUUAUAAAGGAGAAUAUGAUGAUGAAGAGUGUCCCAUAGAAACAAUACAUGAAGAGAAAACAGAACCUUGUGUUUGUCAAAAGCCAGAUCCGAAACCAAUUUGCAAAUGCUUACUAGGGGAUGAUUGUGUCUGCAAACAGGAUGCUUGUGUAUGUGAUAUAGUAAAGAGUUGCAUUUGUACAAAAACAGAUAGCAAAGACCCUCUUUGUAAUGACGAAGAUUCAAAGUCUGUUUGUGUCUGUCCUAUACACGAUGAAUGUAGAUGUGCUGCAUCUGCGGUAGGUGGAGAUUGCGAAUGUUUUCCCAAAAAGUUAUGUACUUGUGGGGAUCCAGAAAAUUGCAAAUGUCAACGAAUUUGUGAUUGUACAGAACCGUGUGUUUGUGAUACCAAACCUGUCAUUGAAGAAUGCACUUGUGCCAAAACAAAGAAACUUCCUAUACCGGCAUGUACUUGUAAAAAAUUAGAUGCAGGCAAUAAACUUAAGAGAGUAAGAGCUGGCAAACACGGCUACAGAUGGUGUCAUGAUGUAGAUCCACGUCAUACAUUCUUUGACUAUGGCUAUGAUCAGCACGAUAAAAUAUCUUACAAAGAGCAGUUAAGAGAAAGAAUAAAAAUUUAUGGUUUACAUGAGGAAAAAUCCGAGGAAGAAACGGUUUGUGCAGUUCAUGAAGUAAAAGCACCUCCUUAUAAAAAGAAAGUAAGGAAACCAUCGAUAGACUGCUGCAGUGCUGUAGGAGGUAUCAGUAUUUGCGUUGAGUGUCUUGGUGAAGACAGGGGAAAAUUCUUAGUACAAGUUGUAUCCCACUCAUCAAAGGAGGGUGCUAAAACUGGAUCAAAGCUUGUUAGUAUUGUGGACUGCAACCUUCAUACUAUGGAGGAAAACAGAACGGAAUAUAUCACAAAGCGUGAACUCACAAAAGAGAGACGGAGUUAUAUAUCGAUCUGUGAAAGUGGUUACUAUAACAAAGUUACACGUAUUUGCGGUGAACGCCACAUGGUCAAGCGCUUUUACCACACUUUUGAGAGUUCUAAGCAGUUUUUAUUGGAAGGUGCCAAUGUUGUGCUGUUGAGAUAUCUUGGCCUCCGCCGCUACCGAGGUAACAUAAAGACGGAGACGGUUCUCAUGAAUGGACUUAUCUGUGAGAGUAUUUAUGUAUGUUUAGGGGUCAGCCAGGCUAUUGUGAAUGGAAAACCAUUGUUUGUUUGCAAGAUAGAAAGGCAUAUUAUAGAGCCCUCUGGGUUUGUUCACCAGACGUUGACUGUACUCACAUUGAGAGGAUAUAUAGUAAGUCACGAGUGGGCUGACAAUAACUACAUUCUGCAUUUGAACCCACUCCUGCGCAUCGUGCCCGAGAAGGAUGAGAUCGAACCGCACGUGCCACUGCGAGCUACUUGGCGGGAGGAUCUGCAGCUACUAUCCGAUUAUUUGGAUUUUAAGAGUUCUCGAACUUCGGAAGGCGCACGCUAUGUUUCCGAAAACGGCGCUCUUUCCGGAGCUGUGAAAGACUACCUCCAGGCGCUCCUGCUUCUGAAACCCCAAGAUGCACUUCACUUCACCAGACAUUACUUCGGAGCAGCGCUUUCGGCGUUAGACCUACCUCACAAUGAAUAUUUCGACCCGGCUUCUAGGCAUGUUCGUUAUUUUUUCUUCGAAGAAUAA